CGUCCAAUGCGUCGCCAGCGCGUGAGCCUUUCGGCCGGAGAAUCUCUUCCACCUUUCACUCUCCUCCUGUCCUCCACCAAACCCCACUCCACACUUCCACAGUCCACACCCACACGGCGGCAGCAGCAGUGAGCGUCGUCGUUCCAGAUCUGGAGCUCGCGUGCUCGAGAUGGCUGGUGCGGCGGUGAGCGCUUCCUCCGGGGCGAUGAACUCCGUCAUAGCCAAGCUGGCUUCCUUGCUCACCGACGAGUACACCCAUCUCAAGGGCGUCAAGAGCGGCAUCCGCUGGCUCAGAGACGAGCUGGGAAGCAUGAACGCCGUGCUGCAGAGGCUGGGAGACAUGGACGACGACCAGAUCGAUGUGCAGACCAAGGAGUGGAGGAACAAGGUGCGUGAGCUAUCCUACGACAUCGAGGAUUGCAUCGACCGCUUCUUGCAAAACCACAGCAGUGGUGAUGCCAAUGCUAAUCUCCUGCAAAAGGGCGUGCGCAAGAUGAAGAAGCUGUGGGAGAACCAUCAGAUUGGAGAUGAGAUCAAACAACUCAAGGAACGUGUUAUCGAAGAGAAAGAGAGGCAUGAACGGUAUAAGAUCGCGGAUCGGCUCAUGGUUGCACCCCAACAUGUGCGCUUGGAUCCUCGAGUACCAGCCUUGUAUGAGCAAGCCAAAAACCUUGUGGGCAUUGAUAAGCCUCGGGAACAGAUAAUUGGCUGGAUAAAGAGCGAAGAGAAGCAACUGAAGGUGGUGUCCAUCUUUGGAACGGGAGGGUUGGGCAAGACUACUCUAGCUAUGGAGGUGUAUCACAAGAUUGAUGAAUCAUUUGAUUGUCGGGCUAUGGUCUCUGUAUCUCGGACUCCUGAUAUCAAGAAGCUUCUUAGAGACAUACUCUUUCAGAUUAACGAGCGCGAGUAUGAAAAGUCAAACGACUGGGAGAUGGAACAACUUAUACCGAAGUUGAGGAAGAACUUAGAAGACAAGAGGUACUUUUUCAUCAUUGAUGAUAUCUGGAGCACAGAUGCAUGGAAACAAUUGAAGUCAGCCUUGCCUGCCAAUGACAACAAGAGUAGAAUAAUUACUACAACACGCAUAAGAGAUGUGGCAAAGUCAUGUUGUUGCGACUUUGUGGGGCAUAUGUACGAAGCCAUGCCUCAAAGUGAAGAGAACUCCUGCAAAUUAUUUUUUAGAAGAGUCUUUUCUAGCGAAGAUUGCCCCAAACAUUUGACGGAAGCAGCUAGUGUAAUUUUGAAGAAAUGUGGUGGCUUGCCAUUAGCCAUUAUCAGUAUAGCUGGGUUAUUGUCCAAUAAGAAUCCGACAGUGGAAGUGUGGACCAAAAUAAAGAACUCUAUCUCUUCUAUGGUUGAGAAAGAUUCUCCUGUUGACAAAAUGAAGAGGAUAUUGUUUCUCAGUUAUUUUGAUCUUCCUCAAUAUCUGAAGACGUGCUUGUUAUAUUUAAGUGUCUUUCCAGAGGAUUCUAAUAUUGAUCCUAGACGUUUGAUACGGCUUUGGGUAGCUGAAGGAUUAAUUCUUGGACAGAGCAGAGCAUGUACGGAGCAGUCGGGAGAAAGCUACUUGCAUGAGCUUAUAAACAGAAGCAUGAUACAACCGUCAAAGAUUGGGGCAGAUGGUAGAGUGAAAAUCUGCAGAAUACACGAUGUCAUACUCGACUUUAUUGUGUCACAAGCUGAGGAGGAGAAUUUUGUUACCAUACUGAAUAAUAGUGACCCCAGUGACUAUACUUCAAAUAAGUUUCGCAGGUUAUCCCUGCAAAGUGGCUUUUCUGAAGGCUCGAAGAUGCCUAAAGCAUCAAAGGACCUAUCCCAUCUCCGAUCAUUGCAUAUGUUUAAGCAUGAAAGUUUGCCAGUAGUCCCUUCAGAAUUUGCAAAAUGUCAAGUCCUGCGUGUGCUGGCUAUAAAACUUCGUCUGGGGGACAACUAUAUUAAACAUGUUGGACAUUUUUGUGAACUUAAGUACUUGAGAAUCAAAGGAGGUAUCCACAAGCUCCCAGAAGAGAUUGGUAAGCUGCAGCAUCUACAAACACUUGAUCUGGCAUAUACUCGUAUUGAAAAACUACCUGCAAGCAUUGUCCAGCUACAGAAACUGGUGCACCUUCUCAUCCCUUUUGGAGUGCCGCUGCCUGACGAAAUAGGAAAUCUGCAAGCUCUGGAGGUGUUGUCGGGUAUUGAUCUAGAUAGAGCAUCAGUAAAAUCUAUCUAUGGGCUAGGUGAGCUGAGCAAACUGAGAGAUGUUCGAAUCUGGUGGUCAGAUUCCAACGAAGAUAACAGCAAGGAGGGCCACAGGACAGCAUGCAUCUCCUCUCUCUCCAAGCUUGUCAAGUGCAGCCUCCAAUCAUUGCGUCUUGCGCGGGGAUUAAGCAACCCUGAUGUCAUAGCUUCAUUGAUGAUUUCUUGUGGUUUCAUUCCCCCUCUACGGAGACUUGUCUUUUACGAUGAGUUCCCUACCAUACCAAGCCAAUUUGCAUCGCUCGUCAACCUCACCCGCCUACGUGUAGAAGUUGGUGGAGUGGGAGGCCUUGAGAUCCUUGCAAGUUUACCCAUUCUGCAAUCUCUUACCUUGGACACAAAUUCUGACGUCUCCAACUUGAGGUGGGUCAUCAGCGGCCAAGGCUUCCAGAAUUUACGCAAGUUCAAUUUUGAAAUUCGGGAUUCGGUAGUGGGGUUGAUGUUUGAACCAGGAGCCAUGCCAAAGCUCCAAAGGCUGAAACUCUGGUUGUAUGCAAGGUGGCAGCUCGAUGUCCAUGGUGGUCCGGUUGUUGGGCUGCACCAUCUUUCAGCCCUCAAGUCUAUCGCUCUUGUAUUCAACUGUAAUGGUGCCGUUGCUGCCGAGGUGGAGUCUUCGGAGGAUGACGCCAGGGCUGCAGCGGUUUCCCACCCCAACUGUCCCACUCUCGACAUUCAAAGGUACAAUGAACGCCGUAUGAAAACAAGCCAGACGAAUAGCAAACGUAGACUAAUAACAAAACAAAUUAUAGAUUCCGCUUGUAAACUGUGAGACAGAUUUAUUAAGCCUAAUUAAUCCAUCAUUAGCAAAUGUUUACUGUAGCAUCACAUUGUUAAAUCAUGACGUAAUUAGGCUCAAAAGAUUCGUCUCGCAAUUUACAUGCAAACUGUGCAAUUGGUUUUUUUUCCCACAUUUAAUGCCCCAUGCAUAUGUCCAAAUAUUUUGAUGUGACGUUUUUGGCCAAUUUUUUUUGAGAUCUAAACAAGGCCUUAGUGUAAAAUAUGGUGUCAUAAAUAUAACUAUUCACCUAGAUGAAAACAAAAUAAUACGCUGAUUAUUUAACAAAAAGCCAAUUAUAGUGUCUCACCGUGUUUUUUUUCUUCUUAUAUUUGUUUUUUUUCUUUUUUGCGAGAUUGACUGUACAAUAUGCAUAUACCAAUCCGUGUAAUUGAUGAAACGCAAGAACAAUGGACAAAUAAAAGAAAAUGGUUUUAGGGACUGGGUCCAUUUGAGGUGACCGGCCAACCGAGCUGGAAUGGGAAGCCGAGUAGCCCACUUCCUUCCUAACAAACUAUGGCCAUGGCCCAUGUUAGGGCACUCAUCAUCAUCAGAAAAUAAAAGCAAAUUUUACUGCAGGUAACUGUGACUUAUGGUUUUACCCGUAGGACACGCGCGAAGUGGCUUUUGAGAGAAGACACUUUUAAAAGUUGGAUAUUUGCUGCUGAACACCGCACCCAUUAAAAUAAUAAUUUCUAGGUGAGGAGACAGAAAUCACGACCCAUUAAAAUAAUAAUUUCUAGGUGAGGAGACAGAAAUCACGACCCAUUAAAAUAAUAAUUUCUAGGUGAGGAGACAGAAAUCACGAGAAAUGUCAAAAAUGUCAUUCAACCCACAUGUCAGCUCUCCUUUGCCUCUUCUCUAUCUAUCCCCUCCUAGCACUGCAUCGUGUCAGAGCAAGCUGUGGCCUCCGGAAGCUCCUCCUCCACACCCCACUCCCCCGGCGAUACGGAUGACAACGAUAGGGAACGGUGGCGGCGGCACCACUCCAAAUCCGACCGGCGUAGCUCCGGCGACGCUGCCCUUGACCCACAUGAAGGUCGCUGCCCUCGCCCUCACGGCGAGCUCCCUGGCACGUACCCUCCUUGCCGUGUCGCCAUCCAUCAACUAGGCCACAACCAUCUCCACGCCGGCACUGGUGACCUGCGCCAUGCCACCGCCACUGCUUUGCGUCGGCCAGAGCAAUGCCGCAUCCCCCCGCAAAAAGCAAACCAACGCCUCAUUGAGUCCCUUCCCUUUUCCUCGCGCCAUCAUGCUCCCAAGACCUCCCUAACUCCAUUCCCUCAACAAAUUUCAGGGGAAGUCGAGCGGAGAGCCACAGCCGCCCACCUCGGGUCCUCGCCGCCGCACAGCUCCAAGCUGUCUCCCAAUAGUCACUAGGCCCUCCCCUCUCCUUUAAUCGAGCCACCAUCCACCAUAGCCACGUCGUCGUCGCCGUCCCGGACCCACUGUCACCGCCAGCCAUGGCACUUGCCACCUCUAGCCACCCUCAGCCACGCCGCUGCCUCUAGAAGGUGCAGGAGGGUCCACUCUACCCAUCUCGGCCUUCGGCCGAGCCACCCUCUCCGCCACCCAUCACCGACGGGCUCAUGCUAAGCCGUCGCGCACGCUCAUCUUCCCACCGAGAUGUGGCAGCGAUGUAAUGUGGCGCUGGAAGGAGGGGAUAGAGAGAAGAGAUAAGAGAGGUAACAUGUGAGCCCAAGGGCAUUUUUAAUAUUUCACGCGAUUCUCUCUCCUACUCACCAGGAAAUUAUUAUUUUAAUGGGUGCGGUGUCCACCAGCAAAUAUCCAACUUUUGAAAAGUGUUUCAUCCAAAAGUCACUUUGCGUGGUGUUCUACAGCUAAAACUGCGAAGUCACGAUGCCCUGUAGAAAGAUUUGCCAAAAUAAAAAAUAUGUGAUAGGAGGAGCAAACAUUUGCACCAUUCCAGCCUGAUAAGAUUAAUCAAACACAACGCCCAAAGAAAGCAGCAGUAACUCUGAAUCAAAUUGAUGUCGCUGAAUUGGAGCUAGUCAUUCUGAAUACAGCAUGAGGUAUUGAAGACAUGAUAAACCUGUACAAAAUUAACAAUCUCACAGGUUUCUUUGUACAUUAUCCAAAUCUUCUCUACACUGGGCAACAGCUACCAAUCCUUGCAUCCCAUGCCUAAGUAGGAGACAGGUAUGCGAACCGAAGUUGGACCGGAUCUCAUGUCCUCAAGAAUGAAGUUGAAAAGCGUUUGAGCAAUUGGGCCUUCUCUGCCUGUGUUAAGAACAAGGAAAUAAAUCAGCAUGCAGUUUGCAGUAAGCCAUGGAAGGGCUAAAAGCCAUCCAAUUUUCUGCUGCAGAGUGAAAAAUGGUACUCUACCAAAUAAGGACAACUAGCUGACUUUCUGUCACGGCAUCGUCACCUUCUGUUCCUGAUCAGACAAGCGAUGAAGCUUCUUCGUCACACCAAGAUGGGCUCGGAAAGUCGCGUCGUGAACAGCGGCCCAAUCCGGCCUAUCAUGGGAGUGAGUGGACCCAGUAGUGACUGACUGGGCCACAUGUAAGGGAGAGAGAUCCAAUGGCACAUUGCUAUAUAAGGAUCGGCAGAGAAGAGAUGUGAAUUGAACGAUGUAAAAACAGAAUUCCCCAUCUAAUUCAAUUCUUCUCUGUUCUA